AUGGCGGACUCGGACGCGAGCUCAGGCUCGAGCAGCAGCUCCAGCUCCGACUCGGUGCUAAUUCGCGUGCCGCUGGAUCAAAAGCGGCGGAAAAAGCUGCGCGCGCAGCUUCAGGAGGACCAGCGGCGGCAGCGCGAGCGUCAAUCUUCUCUUUCUGCCUCACCCAGUCUUAAAACGAUCAAACCAGAGCCUGACGGCGACCGCAGCAAGGGAGAGCAUAUUUGCGUCGUCUGUGAGCGUGAGGGCGACGAUCUCGUGGUCUGUGCUGGUCCCUGCAUUUCCGCUUUCCACUUAAGCUGUCUGCCGGCCAGAAGCGGCGUCUCUGACGCCUUAGACGAAGCCUGGUUGUGCCCCAGCUGCACGAAUAAGACUCACGCGUGCUUCCACUGCAAAGAGACGGGCGUUGAGACGCUCAAGGACGAUGCACCGGCCUCUACAGGCAUCGAUCCUAAUAAGAGACCCGUACGUAAGUGUCGCGCGCUCUCCUGUGGCAAAUUUUACCACCAGGAGUGCAUUACGCAGUUCCCAUUGGCCAGAAUUGCCAUCAACACGCAUUUUAUCUGCCCGCUGCACACAUGCGCGGGCUGUAACGAGUCAGGAGCGCAGCAAGAAGCCGUCAGGUGUAUGAGGUGCCCCGUGGCGUACCACGCCAAGUGUUUGCCGUCCAACUGCGUGCGUCAGAUCUCGUCCAAGUUGAUAAUUUGUCCCAAACACGGCGAUAUCAAGCCCAAGUCUGCAAAAGACAAACACAAGCGAGACAGUCUCGCGUCCCAUGCAGACGACGAACAGGAGCACGACGAGAGCAGCAAGAAGCGGAAACGCAGCAAACGAGAGUCGCUAGAUGCAGAUGGAGACAAAUGCAUGCCUGCGCCGUCUAUUGACGCAGGAGCAACGCGGUCGCCGACUGCAUCGCUUGAUUUGUUUGAGAGCCCGUCGACUGCUACGAAACGGAUACAGGAGCGACUGGAAGAGGCUCUGGGGAAGAGUGAUGACGAUGACUCAGACGUCUCGAUGGCUAGUCCUACGCUGAAGAAGAGACACUCCAGUAGCCAGAUGAUUGGUGAUGCUGCGGCCUCUACAGCCGCUGUGAAGGAGGAGCCAUCGUCGAAGACUAGGCAGGACGAGUCGAACUCGCCGGUUCCUUCGUCACCUGUUCCUGCGAGUCCGUCAGGAGACAAUGACUCGUUAGAAGCGCACUCGUCUGCAGAAGAAGAUACUCCUGAACGCAGGAAGCAGCGUCGUGAGGGUCGGGACAGCAGUAAACGUGGCGAGCAGCGUCAAACUAUUGACGAUGGGCUGAAGCUCGAGACCCCCAAGUCUCCGUCUGCGAGUGUUUUGAUUCCGUCGAGCAGUUUGAUGCUCCAGCAUGUGCCAAGUGAAGACGAAGACGAGGAGGAAGAAGGAACAGCGGAGUCUAACGCUGAUGCGAUGCCAAAACCAAUGAAAACUGGCAGAGGUUACGGCAAAAAGAAGAGGAAGAACAAGAUGAAGCGUGUAUUGAAGAGAGAGACCAGCGAAGAGGAUGAAGAGGAAGUGAACGAGGCCAAGUGGGUACAAUGUGACAGCUGCAAGAAGUGGCGGACAGUGCCGAGAGAUUUCAACCUGGACGCAAUGCCCAAGCACUGGUAUUGCAACAUGAACACGUGGGACGAACGAUUCGCUUCCUGUGCGGUUGCUGAGGAGGUUCUGAAGGCUAAUCCGUCCCCUCAAGCAGGUAAGCGGAGGAAGUUGAAGGCCAAGUCCAAAUCAACUGCGUCCAGUACUGGAGACGACGGGUAUUCCUCGUCUGGGUCAGGUGUGUGGAAGCGAUCAGGAGGCUCUGCUACCGACAUGACAGUGUUGGAAGACAAGGACAAGCACUCGAAGUCGAAGCACAAGGAUAAUGUGUCGAAGAAGCGCAAGAUGACGAAGCAACUCAAGGAGAAAUACCGAGAAGUCAAGUGGGUGCAAUGUGAGAGUACACAGUGCGGCAAGUGGCGGGUUGUUCCCGCGUCAAUCAACUUUGAUCGGUUGCCGGCUGUGUGGUACUGCAGUUUGAACACGUGGGCUCCGGAGCUGGCCAAAUGUAGCGCUCUGAAUCCUCCGGAAGUCGAUACGUUCUUGUUGAAGCAGAACAAGAAGGAAGGGCGGCCGUCCAAGAAAGCGCGAGCUUCCUCUUCGUCUAUGGAUGCCACACCCACUGCCUCCGUAUCUGGUGCCAGUGGUGGGAUGACUUCCACAUCUUCGGCCAAUGAUCUCACCAAGUUAAAACACGGGAAGAGCUCCAUUAGGUUAACGUCUGGAGCAGGGAACACUGCCCCAAUUACGGGAAUCAAUACCGAAGCUAGUAGUAACAACGGAGAGAGCAACACUGGCAAAGGACGAGGAGGACGCCCGUCCACUGGCAUCAAGAAGACGGUGUUGGAGUGGGCGCAGUGUGAGAAGUGCAACAAGUGGCGCAAGCUGCCGCAACACAUCAAAUCCUCCACUCUGCCGGAUAAAUGGUACUGCUCGAUGAACCACUGGGACCCAACGCACGCCAAGUGCAGCGUCCCGGAAGAAGCCGAUCAAGAGCCUCUGCCAUUGCCACCUCAUCCUGGUUCGCAGUGGCAUAAAGGAGGACACAAAGGGCAGCGUACAAAGCGCGGCAAGCUGAGCUACUCGGAGCUGCUUUACGGUAGUACGGGGCAACUACGUAAGGCUUAUACGCGCGAGUCAUCGACGCUGUCAUUCGAGUACGAAGGCGUGACGUAUCAUCGAGAUGGUCAGUAUAGUCACAGUAGUAUGUACGUGUCUCCAGCGGCGAUGGCGGCCGCUGCGACGAUGGCAGGAUGGAGUGGAAGUGACCGAGUCACUCGAGAGACAAGCUGCAUGAGUGACGACAAGGUGGACGCGUUGGCAGCUCCCACGCUGCCUCCCACGCUGCCUCAGGCGAGUGUCGAUCAGGUGGCUGCGUUGGUGCUGGAGAACAUGGACUUGCGUAGGCGUCGCAGCGUGUCCGAGCUCUUUGAUGUUGUGAACUCGCAACGAGGAUCCGAGGCUGCAGCUCUCGCUUCAUUGGCUGUGGUCACGGCUGCGCUAGGACAGCUGGAACAUCGAGGCUUAGUGGAGAAAGUGGACGAGUUCUCGGACGAAGACGAUCCGCAGAAGCGACGGAGACUGGAUUCGCUCUUCAACGGCGUGCUCGCAGUGCCCACACAUUACCGGAAGGUGCCCACGCGGCCUCUGAAGGCGUCGAAAUGCUGGAAAUUCGGUAGCAACGUGGUGGCCCUUUCGUCAGUAAAGGACUGAGAACAUUAAAGAUGUAGUAGCGAAUUCUCAAGACUGAAGAGAAAACGGAAAUGUAAGUGCAUUAUUCUCUCAAAGGGUUGAGCUGGGGCUUUUACUUUUUUGUUCAAGCAACCAGACUCCUCCUGUUGCCAUGGCCUUGAGAAGCUCUCGACGUUAACGAUGCCGGUAGAUUGCGGCGCUGGUAAGCUCGCAUGAAGCGUAGUCUUCCGAAGAGAGGAAAAUGCCACACUAUAAUGGAGCCAUCUUGACAUCCCACAACGAUGAGACCUGUGCUGAAACUGUGAUCUAAGUUUAGUGUUGCUAAGACUACACCUUUGCCAGUCCAAACUGGCGGCAAUGUAAACCAAUCCCGUAACUAGAUUUUUUUAAUUUUUUAGAAAAAUAA